CCCCUCGCUCGAUCUCUUCUCGUCGCACUUUUUCGUCAACGCUUCCAAACAAUAUGCCGGCCUCAUUAAAACUUUUCAGUGCGACUACGCCUAAUGGUAGGAAAGUCCAUGUCUACCUGGAGGAAUUGAAGGCAGCGUAUGGGAACAUCGACUAUGAUGUAGAGAAGAUCAAUAUCUCCACGAACGUGCAGAAAGAGCCAUGGUUCAUCAAGAUGAACCCCAAUGGCCGUAUUCCAACUCUCAUCGACCUUUCUAGAGGACCCCGCGACGGCCUCGACGGGUUCCCAGUCUUCGAGAGCGCUGCCAUCCUUCUUUACCUCGCUCAGACUAAGGAUGUAGAGAAAAAGUUCUGGUUCGACCCGAGCGACGUCGAGAACUACAGCGAGCUGCUGCAGUGGAUCUUCUUUGCUCACGGUGGUGUCGGCCCCAUGCAAGGCCAAGCCAACCAUUUCAUCAAGUUCGCGCCAGAGGACGUUCCCUACGGAAAGAAGCGUUACCUCGAAGAGACCAAGCGCCUCUACGGUGUUCUCGAGAUUCGGUUGAAGGACCGUGACUGGCUUGUUGGGCCCGGCAGGGGCAAGUACUCUCUCGCUGAUAUCAACGUUUACCCAUGGGUCGCUGCAUACCCCUUCAUCUUGGACAGCGUCGAUGAGUGGCCCGCCCUCAAGGCAUGGCUUGCUCGCAACGCCGCUCGCCCUGCCGUCGAGGCAGGCUUCAAGGUCGCCACUGCAUGAUCUGCCCACUCGCAGACGCCUUCCGGCCAUUAUGCGUUUUAUAAAUAGGGAUAUAUCAGGCGAGGAAAUCUGCUUGUCUGGAUGUCUACAUACCUCGGGAACUCAAAGAGUGCGAAAUGCAAAAAGCAGAAGCUGUAUGACCAGAAAUCCAAUCGGACACUUUUUGCUGUUGUUUGCGGUCAGCUGGAAUUCGAGACACCGAGGACUCCGUGGUUCUUCGUCCCUCCAGGAAGUCCUGAUGCAUGAAUGCUCAAACAACGACUCCAACAUCACUUAUCGCGCUGGGUUCGUGAGGUCGAUAAAGUGGUCUUUGUGGCCCGUAUAGCCUUGGCUUGAUGAUCCAUCAGCGUAUAGCGAAUCGGCCUCUACUCAGCCUAUGCUACAACCCGAC